AUGGGUUUCCAAUACCCACUCGAACUUUUGGGCAGCUACCUCUACCCGAAUCCCACUCCCACUGCGGAUGACUCUGCUCCCAACGCCGUAACCCCCGCAUCCCCCAAGUCUACAGUCUCCAGAGCCCCGUCUCUGAAGAGCUCGACCCGUAAUACAACCUCCGCGGGGCCCGGGAACGGUCACUUCUCCACUGCGGCACCAUCCGAAAUCGGUCGCGCCGGCCACUUCUCCAUGGCGGCGCCAUCCGAGAUUAGUCGCGCCGGCUACUUCUCUAACUCACCGAUACCACGCGGCGAGGUAGCUAGCAGGACGAAAGUAGUCACCACCAAGGAAACCGAGCACACUGUGUACCAAACCAGACCUCCAAGAGGCCCCGGCCCUCACGGUUCCAGACUACAUGUAUCCAGUGAUCAUGGGCCCCGCCCUACCCACAUCCAGGCCUACACCGCCGCCGACAUCGCCGCAGGCCUGUGCGCGAACCCACCGCCCCGCCCAAGCACCCCCGGCGCCUCGCGCCAAGAACGUACCAAACAGCCCGCAAUCUAUGCGCCCAGCUUGGCCUCCACUGCACAGGGAGACACGUCUUCCGAGCGUCGCGAGCGUACCCAAAAGUGGGAAAGUUAUGCCCCUAGCCAGAGCUCCACCACCCAGGGAGUACUCGGUCUCGGGCGUCGCCCAUCCGUCGGUGCUCUUAGGCGGUCAGCCUCUCCAAACGCCCCACAUACAGUAUCGCAACGAGUGGGCACUCCGGGCGGGCGCGCUCUGCCGCCGCCGCCACCUAUGGUGUACGGCGGGGCAGGGGAGGCACUGGGGAGGAGGAGGGAGCCUUCAUUGCCGAGGCGCUCGGAGGUGAAUGAGUCGGGGAGGACGUUGAAGUCGGCGAUGAAGGCUGUUGGGAGAGGAGGGGGGGGGAAGUCGGUGAAGUUUGCGAAGGAGAAGAGCACGAGGUAUUAUCAUGGGGCUGGAAAUUGA